AUGAUGCAAGGUAUACCACAUCGAUGGAGAUUGCUUAGUGGCCAAGAAAACUGGAAGAACCUUUUAGACCCCCUCGACAUUGAUGUGAGGAGAUACAUUAUUCACUAUGGUGAAAUGGCUCAUGCAACCUACGACGCUUUCAACUCUGAAAAACUAUCAAGGUAUGCAGGGAGCAGCAGAUAUGCAAUGAGGAAUCUAUUAGCCAGGGUAGGAUUAGAAAAAGGCAAUCCAUUCAAGUAUGAAAUUGUGAAGUACAUAUAUGCAACUUCUAGCAUCAGUGUUCCAGAUGCAUUUAUAAUGAAGCCCUUAGCAAGUGAAGCUUGGUGCACAGAAUCAAAUUGGAUGGGUUAUGUAGGUGUCUCAACUGAUGAAGGAAAAGUUGCAUUAGGAAGAAGGGAUAUUUUGAUUGCAUGGAGAGGAACAGUUCAACCAAUAGAAUGGGCGAAAGAUUUUGAUUUCCCACUUGUACCAGCAACCAAGAUUCUUGGAAAAAUAACUGGUGGUGCUAAUGUACACAGCGGUGUGCUUUCGAUUUAUACUUCAACUGAUAAACAAUCGAUAUACAACAAAACAAGUGCACAAGACCAGGUUCUAUCGGAGGUAAGGCGACAAGUUGAUAGAUUCAAGAACGAAGAAAUGAGCAUAACUGUAACAGGCCACAGUUUGGGUGCUGCACUUUCAACAUUGUGUGCAGCAGACAUUGUAACCAAUGGUUACAACAGGCCGAGUGACCGACCAAACAAUCCUUGUCCCGUGACAGUGUUCAAGUUUGGCAGUCCGCGAGUUGGGGACUCGAAUUUUAAGGAAAUUCUAGACUCUCUGAAAAAACUUCAUAUACUAAAUGUUCGUAAUGCAGCAGAUCUUGUUCCUCACUAUCCACCAUUUGGGUACACAAAAAUCGGAACUGAGCUACUAGUUGAUAGUAGAACCUCCCCUUUCCUAAAGUAUCCUGGAGAUGUUGUAAGUUGGCAUAUUUUAGAGCCUGGUUAUUUGCAUUCAGUAGCAGGAACAAAAGGGAGUGAAGGAGAGUUUCACUUGGAAGUUAACAGGGAUAUUUCUCUUGUAAACAAGGAAUCAGAUGCUCUCAAAGAUCAAUACUCGGUACCCACUUUUUGGUGGUGUCAAAAGAAUAAGGGUAUGGUUCAACAGGACAAUGGCCAUUGGGAAUUACACGACCAUGAGAACAAUGAUAAUUGA